AUGGCAGAUUUAGAGGAUAGAAUAUACAAAGUAGUUGGAACUUCUGUGGAGGAUCCAGAAGCCAAACUAAGCCUCAAGACGCUUGGUUGGAUGAAUCGCCGGAUAGCCAUUUCCAAGGAUAACACGAUCCAACUGCUUCUGAGAUUACCUACAAUGCUGCAUCCUAGCCUCAACCAACUGAAGGACAGAAUAAAGGAGAUUGCUGAAGAGGAGGUACAGGUUUGGGCAAAAGAGAUUGGGAUUGAGUCAAGCCCUAGUGUCAACAUUGAAGCCGUGGCAUCGAAACCUGUAUCUUGGCUGGUGAAGGAUGAAGAAGACCAGAAGGAACUUGAAUCACGGCUCGGACCUGGGCUAGCCAAUGUUGCUCAUAUUAUUGGAGUGUAUAGUUGCAAGGGAGGAGUUGGAAAGUCCACCGUUGCCGUCAACCUUGCAUACGAACUUGCGCAAAUGGGUGGACGAGUCGGACUAUUGGAUCUUGACGUAUAUGGACCGUCGCUUCCAGUUCUCGUCAAACCAAGAGAUGCAGCUGUACGCCAGUCUCCUCUCGGAGCAGGCAUGGUAUAUCCAAUCGAACAUGAAGGUGUCAAACUGUUGUCUCUCGGCUUUGUUUCCAAAGAGAGCGGCGUACCAGGCAGUGGCCAAACGGGUGCUUCGGUACUCCGAGGUCCCAUGGCCGGAAAGGUAGUCACUCAACUUAUCAAAGGAACAGACUGGGGAGAUCUGGAUGUAUUGGUACUUGAUCUUCCACCUGGCACUGGAGACGUCCAGUUGACAGUCUGCCAAGACCUCGAUUUGAGUGGAGCUGUUGGAGUGACAACUCCAUCGAAGCUAGCACUGGCUGACGCACGAAAAGGUAUUGAAAUGUUUGCAAACCUUGGAAUUAAGACCAUGGCCAUGGUGGAGAAUAUGGCUUAUUUUGAUUGCAAUGGACACAAGCACUUUCCAUUUGGAAAAGGGUUCACCGAAUUCUUGGCGGAGGACAAUUCGAACAUGGAAAUAGACCCAAAAGAUGUUUGUCAACUUCCGAUAUCACAGAUGGCCAACGAUGCCAACGACGAUGGAGUACCCUUAAGUAUUUCACGACCAGAAGGAGCUAUCAAUGAACUAGAAGCCUUUGGGAAGCUUUCCCAAGUAGUUGCGAGAGAGUUGUUCCGAAUGCCAUACAAGGCUGGGGACACGGAAGUAAUGGUCACAUUUGAAGAUGGGCCAGAAAAGUUUGAGUUGACGAGUAUUCAGCUGUCUUUGGACAAGGGCAAGCUCAUGGUUCGUGCCUUUUCGGAAGGAGGGGCUCUCAUGAAAGCAGUUGAUCCAGACAAUUUGCGAAAGCGAGACCCCAAAACUGGUAGCUUCUUGGUGGAACCAGAAGAAGAUGAUGCUACAGGUGGUGCUAGUAGUCCAAAGAAGGAUGAAAUGAUCAGCGUGUACAAGGCUGGAUCGGAUGACAGCCCAGUACCAAAACCUGUCACUCCUGACAAAGUGGAACGAAAGGCCAAAGUAGGAUAUGAAGUUACUUGGAGUGAUGGAUCCAAAUUCAUCUAUUCGCACAAGGCAAUUGUCAAAGCACUAGGCGGAACCAUUCGAUAA